GGCUUAAUUAUGAUUGGUGAUGAUGCAGGUUCUUUUAGUUUAGUUCGGUAGAACAAAUUCAAGAUGCGUGAUGGAACGUUGGGUACGUCAAUUCAACGUAAAUUGGUGGUAAUCGAAAUCACAAACUGUUUGGCUCAAGGAUUACUAUUUGCUGGUGAUAUUCUAUGACGUUAAGUCUGGGGUCAGAGUCAGAUAGGGGAGGAGUUAAUUCAAGAUUAAGCUUUAGCUAUUGACACAUUGAUUGAUUCUGAUUUGAUCUGAUCUAAACUUGGUUGAUGAUCACACACAUGAAAUGGUUCGUAAAAAAUCUAAAAUUCCUUGCUUGACCGUUUUUUAUUAAAAGACCACCUUAUGAGUACAUCUUGAAUUGACAAUUUUUCUUUUCAAGAUGGUUUUGAUAGCUUUGCAUAUCAUCAUAGCUACUAAAGAAAGAUCACAAUUCGGAAAAAAGCAUGAGUGACAAAAAAGCUUUUGAACCUCCAGUGGAAGAGUUUGAGUUACAGAAAGGUACUGUUAUUACUACCUUGAAUUCGCAUGAUGAAGUUUCAUUUGAUGUAGCUGAUUUGGACAAGACUGCUACUGAAUUUGAUGAGGAAAAGAUCAAAGAUUAUUUCAGUAAAUUGAGUGAUGAAUCCACUGCUCAUUUUUUGAAAGAAACAGGUCACGGUGAUGAUUUGAAUCAUGAUAAUAAAGAUGAUUUGACUUUUGAUUUGAAAUUCAUUUUGGACAAAAUUAUUAAUAUGUCUAAUAAAAAAGUGCUUGACAUUUAUCAAAACACUUCCAAGCAUCAUCAAAAUGAUCCAAACUUUCCAACCGAGUCAUGGGAAUAUAUUCAUAAUGUUUUAGACAAAAAAAUUGAUGUUGAUGAAACUUUUGAAGAAAAUUUUAAAGCAAAAUUGGCCGCUUCUUUAAUAUACCAUCAUUCACCUUACCCUGAGGUCAGAGCUGUGACAGAUUUAAGCGAUGAUCCUAAUGAACCUGUGGAAACUAUCAGAUCCUAUACUAUUGCAGUCAUAUGGUUGAUUAUCGGUGCUGGUAUUAAUGAAUUUUUUUCUCAUAGACAACCUUCAAUUUACCUACCAUCAUCAGUGAUUUCAGUUUUGAUGUACCCUUGUGGUAAGCUUUGGGAAUUAAUCAUGCCAAAUUGCAAUAUCAAUUUCUUUGGGAAAAAAUUACCACUAAAUCCAGGCCCUUAUUCUUAUAAAGAACAAAUGUUUGCUACAACUUUAACUACAGUGGGUACAAGCUCUGUUUAUGUUUCUUACAACAUUGUUACUCAGGUGAAAUUUUAUCACUUGAAAUGGAUCUCAUUCGGUUAUCAAUUAUUGUUGACAUUAAGCACUCAAACAAUGGGGUUUGCAUUUGCUGGUAUUUUAAGAAAGUUUGUUAUCUAUCCAGAAAGAGCUAUUUGGCCAUCCAAUUUAGCAACACUUGCAUUGAAUCGUGCUUUACUAAAACCAGAAAGAAAAGAAGUUAUUAAUGGAUGGAAAAUUUCAAAAUAUAACUUUUUCUGGACUUGUUUUUUGGGUAUGUUUGCUUAUUAUUGGCUUCCUGGAUAUUUGUUUACUGCCUUAUCCUCAUUUAGUUGGAUAAGCUGGAUUGCACCUUACAAUUUCAACUUGGAUGUCGUUACCGGAUCUUCAGCUGGGUUAGGUUUGAAUCCAUUAUCAACAUUUGACUGGAAUGUGAUGCAGUUUCUUGUCAACCCAUUAACCAUGCCAUUUUAUGCUACUAUGAAUGUUUUCCUGGGUAUGGUUGUGGGAUUUUUUGUUGUUCUUGGUAUUUAUUAUUCAAAUCAUAAAUGGUCAGCUUACCUACCAGUCAAUACCAAUGCUAUUUUUACAAACACUGGUGAGUCAUUCGAUGUUACUAAAAUCUUAACUAAUGGUGUAUUUGACAAUACAAAAUAUCAAAAAUACUCUCCACCAUUUUAUACUGCUGCAAGUUUAGCGAGCUAUGGAUCUUUUUACAUGAUUUAUCCAUUUGCUUUCCUGUUCAACUCAUACAAAGAAUGGGAUACUAUCAAAUUCGCGCUUCAAUUUAUGGUAAAUGAUUUUAAGGAAACAUUUAGAGAUUUUAGCUUUAAAAAGAUUAAGUUUGAUGAUCCUCAGUCAAGAUUAAUGGCAAGGUAUAAGGAAGUUCCUGAUUGGUGUUAUUGGUCUAUUCUAGUUGUUUCAUUGAUCAUUUCCAUUUUGACAGUAAAGAUAUAUCCAGAAACCAAAACUCCAGUAUGGGGUGUUUUUUUCACUAUUGUUCCUUUAUGUCUACUUUUAGCUGUCACAGGUGUUCAACUGGGAUUGAAUGUAUUGGUUGAGUUGAUUGGAGGUUAUGCUCUUCCUGGUAAUCCUAUUGCUCUGAUGACUAUCAAAGCUUUUGGUUAUAACAUUGAUGGUCAAGCUGAUAAUUUUGUUUCAUGUCAAAAAAUGGCUCACUACUCAAGAAUCCCAACCCGUGCUUUAUUUUGUGGACAAAUUGUUGGUGUUCUUAUUCAGGUUUUUGUGUUCCUGGGUGUUGUGAAUUGGUCCAUGGCAAAUGUUGAAGAUAUGUGUGCUGUUCAUCAAAAACAAAAAUUUACUUGUCCAAAUGAAAGAACGUAUGUAUUACUCCCUUUAUUUUUUUUCCCCUUGGAAUUUUGUACUAACAAGAAUAUAAAUAGAUAUUACAGUGCAUCAGUUUUAACUGGUGUUAUUGGUCCAAAGAGGGUCUUUGAAGGCUUAUACCCUGCAUUGAAAUGGACAUUCUUUAUUGGAUUUAUGUUAGCCCUGUUGUUUGUUGCUCUAAAGAGAUGGUAUCCUAAGAUGAUUUCGGAUUAUUUUGAGCCCCAACUUAUGAUUCUUGGUAUUACUCAUUAUGGGCCAUAUAACUUGUCAUAUAUUCUAGGAGGGUUUUAUGCUGCUGUUGCUAUGAUGUUUUAUGUGAAGAGAAGAUAUUUGGCUUGGUUUGAAAAAUACAAUUAUGUUCUUUCAGCUGCAUUGUCAGCCGGUGUGGCAUUUUCAGCUGUUAUUAUCUUUUUCACUGUUCAAUUUCACCCAAAAAAUCUAGACUGGUGGGGGUAA